GGAAAAGAGCUGCUGGAGAGACGCCAGUCGAGAAAGAGCCGCUAAGGAGAGCAAGAGAGCGAGAAUCAGAAGGGUGUGUGAAUAACAGGAAAGCAAUCAGGCAGAAAACAUCCCCCCCCCACUGAAGGAGGAAGGAAAGAUUGUUACCAGCCAGCCAGAUCGCGCGUUUUGCUGGAAGCUUUGGAUUCCCCAGCAGGAACUGGACAAAGAAAGGAUCUAACAAAAAACAGUGUGGAGUAUUAUGAGCAGCAGUGAGUGGGACAGCAACAUUUUCACCAUGGACACUGACAACACAUAUCAAGUGUACGGAGAGCAACUCCGUGCAAAAUGCUCCGAAGAAGAAAUCUACAGAUAUGCAUUUUCUGAAUUGGGUUAUUAUACUAAACCCAUUGCCAUCCUUAUCUGCAUAUUUGGGUUGUUUGGGAAUGGAUAUGUUUUGUGGCUCCUUGAUUUCCAUAUUAAGAGAAAUCCUUUCACCACCUACAUCCUGAAUUUGACCGCAGCUGACUUUGGCCUGCUCUUGUUUUUGUCUCUGUCCCUUAUCCUUUUGUUUGCUGAUGACCUCUGUGGAUUACAGCUCCCUGCCCACAUUUCUGCAAUACCCCUGUUACACUUAUGCCAAUUUUGCUAUACUGCCAGUCUCUGUUUCCAUACAAUCAUCAGCAUAGAAAGAUGCCUCUCUGCCUCUUUUCCAAGCUGCUACCAACAUCGGCGGCCACAAUCCCUUUCGUCUGGGCUAUCCAUACUAGUCUGGAUCCUGUGUGUCAUGUUCUGCGGAAUGGAAAUUUCAUUUUACCUGGUCUCUAAUAUGAUAUUAUACCCAGUUGUCAGGAGCAUGUUCAUUGUGGUCAUAUGGGUCUUGCCUCCAAUUUUAGCUGUCUUCACUUUGCUCCUGCUUGCCAAAAUGUGUUGCAACUCUCAGCGCCGACUGCCAGGAAGCCUGACUACUGCCAUUCUUCUCUCCCUCCUGUUUUUCCUCCUCUGCCAUGGCCCAUGGAGCAUCACAUUUCUGCUAUCCUCCCCUAAGCAUUCACAAACUCUUAUUGCACUUUCUCAGCUCCUCCACUCUGUCAAUAGCAGCAUUAAGCCAGUGCUUUAUUACUUGGUGGGGAAACAGGGCAAAUGGUCCUCUACAGAACCCCUGAAGGUCAUUUUCAGGAGGGUCUUCCAGGAUGAAUACUAUCCUCUGCAAGAGAACGUGUUGACUGAUGCAGAGAUACUAAGUACAGUAACGUGUUCAAGCCAAGCCAUCAACUGACUAAGCCAGCGUUGUUCUUGAAUGGAAAUGCUUUGAUCCUGGACUUACCCAGGAAUGAAGAUACCAGAUGUAAUCAAUAGGCAUAACGAAAAGCCACAGCUUCAUUAACUCAAAGGAGUGCUCUUCUCUUGCCAUACUGGUUUAACUGCCACCUCUCUCCAGCUCAGUAUUGAUAAAGUUGCUGCAGCACAGUCCGUUGCCGUCAGAAACCUCAGGGUACCUCCGUGUGUGGAGUAAAGUCAGCCAUGUUGAUGAUGAUCACUGCCUCUUGUGGGAGCAUAGUCCCAUAGUAAACUGCUCAGGACCUCAAUGCCUCAAGUAUGGCCUCUCUCCAUGUGAACCUACCUGGACCCUGAGAUCCUCAUCUGAGGCCCUCCUUCAUGUGCCUCCUCCACAAAAAGGUCUCAAGGGCGGCAACAUGAGAAUGGGCCUUUUCUGCAGUGGUUCCCCAUUUGUGGAAUGCUUUCCCCAGGAAGAUUAGCCUGGCCCCUUCAGGCAAAACGCUCCUGUUUAACCAGGCCUUUGAGUGAUUCACAUCCAAUACCCUUUUAAAAUGUGUUGGGGGGAAUCUGUUAUUGGGCUGCUUUUGUUUAUAUUAUAUAUUUUGUGUUUUUAUAUUGUGAUUGUAUCUUGUGAACCGCCCUAAGACCUGUGGGUAUAGGGCAGCAUACAAAUUUAAUAUAUAGUAAUAAUAGUUUAACUAUGCACUGUGUGAAUUGUUUUAUCUGUGUGAAGAAAUAUUUUCUUUUGCCCCAGAUGCUGUAACCUUUCCUCAUAGGGGAGUUUGCUGGGUUUUUUUUUACUGCCUAUCUGUUUGUCAGGCUUCAGGGAAUCCGAUCCCUCCCAGGGUGGCAGCCAAUAAGCAGAUAAAAAAGAAGAGUUCUUACCAAGUCUUUUAUUCAAGCUUCACAGUAGAAGGCAUAGCAAUGCCACCUCUCUUAGAUAAUGGCAUUGCUCCGUGUAAAGUCCCACCCCCUCCAUCUCUCCUGCCAUACGUCAUCCUUGCACCGUCCAAUCUGUGCUUUCUGCCUUUGAGCUUUCUGUUCUACUGCUCUCAAUGCUCGCCAGGACCUGGGAUAGGGGGGAGGAGGGUCUGGCAUGCUUUCCAAAGACACUGAGUCUGUCAGUUCUCUCUCCUCUGGUGCUUCUUCUUCCUCCUGCUCCUCUCCCAAUAUUUCCCAGCUUCUACCCUCUGCAGCCUCUGAACUGUGACCUUAUGCAAACCACUGUUGUAAAUCUAUACUGUCUCCCUCUUCUCUGGUAAGUGCCGGGGGGGGGGGGUUGUCUCCACCAUUCCUCCUCGGACUAAUCCCUGACACUGUUUUAGGCACUGCCAUGGGUUCUUUGAAAUGUUCGAUUGGGAGGAAUUCAGUGAAGUACUAAGGCAUCCAUUCUGUCUAAUUAAUCACCUUUGCUUGCUAGACAGAAUGAUCACCCUCUUCUGCCGCACUUCGUAUUGCAAGGUUUAUCCCACCCCCUGCAGGUCAAUUUUGGUGAGCACAUAGGGGUGGUGGUGGAGUUGCACAAGAGGAAUACUUGCUCUGGGCUUCUGCUGGUGGGGCUUGCUAGCUGAAUCCCUCCCGCUUUAUUUGCAACUAGUGCCAUUCAGCCCGUUUAAUAAACGGGGCUAGAACAUUCGGCCUUUUUCGGUGGCAGCGGCGCGUAGGGGGCUUUUAUUCCUUGUCUAAUUGAUUGUUCCUCCCCCCUCCCUUUGAUCCUUAAUUUAUCCCUAAUUUUCUCGCCCCCCGUUCCCAAACCCCAAGCCAAAGUCCCCCCCCUUUUUUUACCUUUAUAGCCUGGGCUCGGCUGGGGUGUGUGUGGGGGUAUUUCUUCCUUUACCCCCUCCAACGCUUGUGUUUGGAGUGCGGAUCCCUCCCCACCCUGUUUUCGCGCGCUUUUUGUGCCUGCCGUUUGGUUCCUAAUUUCCCCCCGUCAAUAGCGCUGCUGCUGCCAGGGCCCAGUGGCCGAAUUCUGGCUCCUGGACAGCCCGGGCGGCUGCUCCGGGGUGUACGCCCAGUUUUGGGGGGUGUGGGGGUGACUCCCGCUACUUUUGUUGGCCUCUGCGGCUGUUUUUCAGUCGCCUGCUGCAUCCGGGAGGGAGCUUUGCCGUCCGGGGGGCUUGCCCCUGCCCCGGCGCUUUCUGAGGGUCCCGCGGUUGGCACUGAGCAUUCGGUGGCCUCACCGCGCCUUUCCUGGCCGUUCCGGCCCAGUGGGGGUCUCCCGGUUGCUUGCGCUGUUUGGGCCUCAAUUUCGGGCCUGUUAGUGAGGAGAAGCCGGGGCCUCAAUUUUUUGGUCGUCCCGGCUUCCUGCUCAGGCCCUUGGGCACGUUGAGAAAGGGCCUGCCCUGCUUAGGGGCCUUGCUGCCUGCUCCUGCCUUCCACCUGGUGGCCUCUGUUUUAACUGCUUAUUGAGCCAGUGCAGGGCAGAGGGGUGGGGUGGGGAGUGUGUGUGUGUGUGUGCGCGCGUGCGUGCGUGCAGUCUCUGCGUCCAAUCCCUGUGUCCCUGGGGCACAUGCUCAGUAGCGCGGAAAACGGGACCAGGGAAUCUGGACGCAGAGACACUUGCACUUUAUUAUAUAGGAUUUUCUAUAGCAUAGCUGCCAAGUUAUCCCUUUUUUAAAGGGAUUUUCCCUUAUGCUGAAUAGGCUUCCUCGCGAGAAAAGGGAAAACUUGGCAGCUAUGCUCUAUAGUCACCUUGCAGCCUUGAAUAAGGCAAUGAAUUAAUAAGGCUAUUCAGAAGAAUAACAAUAGCGUAUGCAGCUGCUCUGCCUUGCUAUGAACUUGCAUCUUGUCUUCUAAAGUGGGAAGCAGGUGGCCAAGGAGGUUGGAGGAGUUGGAUUUAGAGCAAUGUGACUGUUUCCACUGCACUGGGGUCAUCAGAAGGCAUCACAACUCUGACAUAGUGCAUGUACUGAAUGGAAGGGCAAAGGUGCAGGGCACCAAUUUUUUGCCUUGCAGAGGGCGCCAGUGAAAUUUGAAAGACCAGAGACUUGGAGGAGGACUGACCUGAUAAUGUAUGUACCACAGCCAGAUCCACAGUUUCUUCUGCUCCUGUCCAUGCGAGCCAACAACCAUGAGCCCCCUUGCCACUGAUUUGCCUGUUAUAGCAUUGGCUUAUUAUUGGAUGUAAAAGGUUUGCCUUUUGUUUUCUUUGGUGUACUACUGAAUAUCAUGUUGCUUUUUAUGAUCCCAGAGCUGCAUCACUCCAUUCAUGGCUAGCAGCUUUUAAGCCUUUUGACAAUGUCAAUAAAUACGUAAUGAAACUAAAGAUUAAAGUUAGCCGAUAUUGAUUGUUUUCUCUGUUCCAACAGCUUCUUUCUCUUUGAAAAUGUCCCCAUGUGUGCAGGAAAGAGUGAUGUUUAGCUCUCAUGUCCAGUGUUUGUGACUUUGGAAGUGCAAUUUUUAAAAGAUUGUUUAGGUAGAGGUUUAACACCACCACCACCACCACCAGUAAUAAUUUUAUUUAUAGCCUCCUGCCUUUGCAGGGGGGGGGGUUCAAAAUGUAUCUACAUAGUACCUAGAGAAUAACUUGCACCUAAAUAUUAGCAAGACAAAGGAGAUGGUGUGGGACUUUCCGGAGGAAGAGAGGGGAACUCGCCCUGUUAUAUAUCCGUGUGUGUGUGUGUGUGUGUAUGUGUGUGUGUGUGUGUGUGUGUGUGUAGAGAGUCUCUUCCUUUAAAUUCCUGGGAGUUUACCUUAGUGAAGACCUCACUUGGAAAAACAAUAUAACUCAGGUGGUUAGGAAGACCCAACAGAGACUCCAUGUCCUCAGGGUCUUGCGAAAGAACAAUGUUAAACAACAAUUGAUUACCUCCUUCUACCGGUCCACAAUAGAAAGUGUCCUCUCAUAUUGUAUCACAGUGUGGUACGUUGGCUUGACAGCCACAGACAGAAAAAAAAAGUCUUUACCGAGGGUGGUGAACACAGCACAUGAUAUCAUGGGCUGUCCCCUGAGCCUGCCAGAUGACAUCGCAAGGGAUUGUUGCCUUAGGAGAGCGAGAAAAAUUCUCAGGGAUGAUUCACACCCCGGCCAGCACCUCUUUAAUCUUCUACCCUCGGCAGGAGAUAUAGGAGUAUAAUCAGUCAUACCA